AUGAAUAAUUAGCAAUAAAUUAUAGCUGUCUUAACCAAAAUCAAAGAAUCCCAACAAAAAAUCAAAGUUAAGACAUCUAAAUAUCUAAAACAACUAGAUAUAUUCAAGAUGCAAUUAAAUACUUAAGAGAUCAGAUUAUAUUUAAUUGGCAAUGAGCAAAUACCAUAUGGAUUAUUGUAUUGUAUAGGAAAUAAAUCCAAAGUUGAUGGUAGUCUUAGGAAAUCUGCCUAUUACAGUGCUGAAUUAUUUCUGAAUAUUUUAGAGAAGCAUCCACAAAGAAUUGAAUUCAUUAAGGUAUUUGCAGAUCUUGAAGAUGAUGAAUAUAAAUUGCUUUCAUUAUCUACUCAUGUUUUAGCUGAUAAAAAGUUAUAAGAUAAAGGUCUUAUUGCAUUUAAAAUAAUAAAGUAUUUAAAAGAUGAAAGACCCCACUUUAAUCUUGAAUACAUUCUUGAAAUUAAGAAACUCAAAGAUUAAUUUGAUAAUUGGUACAAAAGUGUGAGAAUUCAAUAAAUUUAAGAGCAAAAACAACAGACUUCAUGGAAGGAAUCUGAUUAACCUCCUCCUGAGAAUCUGAACUUGUAGAGAGAGUAAAAUAAAAGAUAAAAGAAGUUAGAGCAUAUUAAUUUAUAAUGGGAUGGAAAUCCAGAAUAUUUGAUUAAGACUUUCUAUAACCCUUUCAUUCCUCAAUAGAGAACUACUAAAUCGAAUAAGAAUAGAAGUGCAGCAUUGAAAAAGAAGUAAAUAGCUGAAAGUUUGAAUGCAGCUAUUGAUAUAGAAUCAGUUGAAUAAAUUAAGAAAUAGAUUAAGAAUUUAGAUCAAGUUAUUGUUAAAAUUCAUCUUGACUCUCCAUAAUUUGAUGCUCAAACAUUCUUAAGAUUAGUAUAACCAUAAAUUACACAGUAAUCCAUGAAUUUGUUAUAGUAAUAAAAUAUAGAAAUGAAUAAGAAUAUUGUUUACUAUUUUAUUGAUGAUUUCUUUUGUAUCAAUUAAGGCAUUUUGUAAAUUCAUAAUGAAUUCAUUUCCAAAGAAUUCAAAGAUUAAAUUAAAAGAAAAAAAUAAUUAACAUCUAAUGAAAAGUCAAGUCAACCCAUGCAAGUUGAUGAAAUCUUAAUUUUAGGAUCUUUGUCUAAGAGAACAUUCCAAUUAUUGUCUAAAUUAAGUUCUAUUUCUUAAUCGAUGAAUAAAUUAAGUAUGAGUUAAAAAAAUUUGAAAUCCGUUAUUGAUUUCAUUAGAAAAUGUGAACAGUAUGUGUAAUUGCCAAACUAAUUGAAAGAGGCUUAUCUAUAGAGAAACAAUGCUCAAGUGAUGAAACUCAUUUCCCUCUAAAAGGAAAACAUGAAUUAAUAUAAAAAUAUAUCACUAUUCAAAUAGUUGAAUGAAUAGAUAGAUCAAGUAUUGAAGUAGAUAUACAAUGACAUGCUCUAAUAGAUUAAACAAGAUAAUUUGUAGUACAAUUAGAUUUUAGAGAUAGCUGAAUACAUAAAUGAAUUAAAUCUAACUUAAAAUAGCACUUAGGACAUUGUGAAUAAUCUUUAGCAAUCAAUAAAGUCCAAUUUCAAUGCUUAUUUUAAUAAGACUCUGCAAUAGAGAGACAAUGAGGCUUACUAAGUUGAGAUGAUUAGAGGCGAUUUUAUUAUUGAGUUUCUUUAAUAAUGCUCUUUACCAUAAAAAGAGUUGCAACUUUAGAAUUGCAAGGCUUUAGAGAAUUUCGUAAGUGGCAAAUUUAGUAAAUAAGUUAAACAGUUGUAAAAUAUUUGUAGAGAUCUUAAUUUAAAUCCAAACCUGUAAAAAUUAAAAGAAGAAAUUGAGAAUAAGAUGCUAUAGUUCUUAGAAUCAGUUUAAAAAUCAUGGUUUAAUUAACAAUAUAGUUCCAUAUUAUGUUAAAGAAUAAAUCAGGAUAUCGAAUCAACUAAGAAUAUGGCCUAGAUAAUAGAAAAUCUAUUUGGAGAUGGUUUGAAGAUUGAUAAUUUUAUUAAUGACAUAGAAGUUAAGUCUCUAUCCUUGCAAUUUUCAAAUUACACAUUAAAAUAGAUAAAAGUUAAUUUUGUUAUCCCUCAAAGAGACUUUUUUGGAGUGAAUUUUUCUGAAUUCAUGUUGCAAAUAUUUAAUGAGAUACUCAAAAUAUCCAAGAACAAAAAUGUAGAUGGGAUUCUCUUCUUGUAAUUAUUGCAGGAUAGUCUUAAUUAUUUAUUAUAGUGUUGCAAAGAGGCUUAAGAUUAUUUGAUACUUUUGCAUAAUAUAAAGUUGAUUGCCACUCAGAUCAAAGACUUGGCUUAGAGUGUGUAUUCAAAUUCUAAGAAGCAAAAGAGUUUUAAAGAAUUUGCUGAACCCAUUCAAUAAUAGAUUAAUGGAAUUCUGUCUUAAUAUUAUUAACCAUGUCUUCAGAGUUAUGUGAAGUUAUUAAACCUUGAUUAGCCAUAAAGUAUGGAUAUGAUACCAAGACCAUAUGUUAUCUAAUGGUUAACAGUACUUAAUGAAUAGGCUGUAAUUUUGGCCUAAAUUAAUUUAGAUUAAUCGGUGACUGAUUCAAUUAUGUCAUUCAUUGUUAGUUAAUGUUUUAAGAAUAUUGAAGCAGUAUCCACACAUUCGAAAAGAGCAAAGUUCCUAGAUUAAUUAAAUCAUGAGAUAAAUUUAAUUAAGAUAAUGACUUUGACAUUUUAGGGAUCUGUAUCGCAAGAAGGGUUUUAAAGAUUGUAAAGAAAAAUGGAAGAAUUAAGUCAAAAUACAUUGUCAGAGUCCAGUGAGUGGACAAGAACUUAAAAAUUUAAAAUGUCAUUUAAUUUUAAAGCAUUAUAUGGUUAUUAUUAAUAAUAAUAAUGA